UCCCAGCGGGCGCCUCUUGAUGACGCAUGCGGAAGCGCCGGACAGGCCCUGCCGCCCAAUACAGCCGGACCUGCGGCGCAGCUCUUCCCCAAUCCGGGCGGCGGUGGUCAACAUCCGCAGCCGCGGGAACCUGUCAGGGAGUCUCGGACGUGAGGCCGGAGGCUUCACUCGCUGCGGUGGUGGUGAGUGAGGCCUCCUUUCGUUCCAGAGCCCAGAUGCCGAUCCAGCCUCCAAACAAAGACACAGAAGAGAUGGAAGCAGAGGGUGAUUCAGCCACCGAGAUGAAUGGGGAGGAAGAAGAGAGUGAGGAGGAACGGAGCGGCAGCCAGACGGAGUCAGAGGAGGAGAGCUCAGAGAUGGACGAUGAGGACUACGAGCGGCGCCGCAGCGAGUGCGUCAAUGAGAUGCUGGACCUGGAGAAGCAGUUCUCGGAGCUAAAGGAGAAGUUGUUCAGGGAACGACUGAGUCAGCUGCGGGUGCGGCUGGAAGAAGUGGGGGCUGAGAGGGCACCCGAAUACACAGAGCCCCUGGGGGGGCUGCAGCGGAGCCUCAAGAUUCGCAUUCAGGUGGCAGGGAUCUACAAGGGCUUCUGUCUGGACGUGAUCAGGAAUAAGUACGAAUGUGAGCUGCAGGGAGCCAAACAGCACCUGGAGAGUGAGAAGCUGCUGCUCUAUGACACCCUGCAGGGGGAGCUGCAGGAGCGGAUCCAGAGGCUGGAGGAGGACCGCCAGAGCCUGGACAUUAGCUCAGUUCCCUUCCCCCCGUCCAUGGCACCACCUCCCAAGAGUGUUAGAGCUCCCGGGCCGUCACCUGCCCCCUCCACUGGGCUUCCUGCUUCCUUGACGCAUGUUGCAGGCCCUUACAUCGUAUACAUGCUGCAGGAGAUCGACAUCCUAGAGGACUGGACCGCUAUCAAAAAGGCUAGGGCAGCUGUGUCCCCACAGAAGAGAAAAUCUGAUGGUAAGAACCACGGGUUCUUCCACCUCCCAUCACCCCCCCAGCCCGGCCUGCAGGAAAGGAGCCCGGAGAGAGGUGGCAGCCAUGUCGGAUCAGCGGCCCGAGAGAGACUGGGACCGUGACCCUGCCCCUCGGAGCAACUGGCACCAAGCCCAGGAUUUGCAUUUUCCUGCUGCAAAAAGGCAGACUGACAAGCCCCUCAGGGUCUGCCCAGCCGGCUCUCCCGUGCUGCUGCUGGGCGCCGCCCUCCAGCCAUCACUGGCCUGGACGCCUCCUCUGCUCCUCCUUGGGGCCUGUACAGCUGUGGCCCGGAGCUGCCCUCGCCAGGCCAGAGUCCAUCCCAAACUAGCCCCCUACCUUCCCCUCCCCAAGGUCAACCUCCUCAGUCCCCUCCCUGACAAGACACCGCUUGUCUUAAGCCAGAGCACAUCCUUCCCGUCGACCUUCCCAGUCACUGAGCCAGUGAGUUGGGCCCUGCUUCAUGGGAAUUCUGAGCCAGAAAGUAUAUUUUGGAGGCCUGGCUGGCUGGCCGGCUGUUGCCAGCGGUGAGAAGCCAGGCUUCCCAGAUCUUCUCAAGGCCGUCCUUGGUGCCUGACUCCCAGAUUUUGGGGACUGGAAUUAAAACCUUUCUUGGGA